GGAAAGUAGGGAGAGCAGAACAAACACAUUACAGGAGGAGACUCACUCAUGGCUAAUGAUACAGAGGAUCAUGAAACACAAUACUGCUUUCCUACCAUUAACUCAUCAUGCAUGAAGGGAAACCACUCCAGUUUUGAAUAUAAUGUCAUCUAUACGUUUGUAUCAUUGCUGUCAGCAUGGACUGUGUUUCUGAACCUGCUGGUGAUCAUCUCCAUCUCUCACUUCAAGAAGCUUCACACGCCAACCAACUUGCUCAUCCUCUCUCUGGCUGUGGCUGACAUGCUUAUUGGAUUUGUGAUGCCCAUAGAGGCCACCAGGCUAAUUCAGAUGUGUUGGCACUUUGGAGGCACUUUCUGUUUACACUAUUUAACAUUUCUUACAGUGCUUUUCUCAGCAUCUCUUAGUAAUUUAGUUUUAAUUGCUGUUGAUCGUUUUGUGGCUGUGUGUCAACCAUUACAGUACCCACAGAAAAUAACAAUGACUAAAACAUUAAUAAGCAUCUGUCUGGGCUGGGUUUGCUCCUCAACUUAUAACACUGCCUUUGUAAUUAAUAACAGAAAUUUGGACACUUCAGAAAGAACAGAUGCUAUGAUAAGUUUUGCCUGGAGAAUUACCGAUUUAUUUUUGGCUUUCAUUUUUCCUUGUAUCAUGAUCAUAACUUUAUAUAUGAGGAUUUUCUUUGUAGUACAUCAGCAAGUAAAAGUUAUUAACUCACUGAUGAAGAGUGGGAAAUGUGUAAUGGAAGGUUCAGUGAGGAGGAAAUCUGAGAGCAAAGCUGCUCUGACAUUAGGAAUCAUUGUGACUGUUUAUCUGCUUUGCUACAUUCCUUAUUAUAUCUGUUCUAUAUCGGUAAUCUCUUCCACGACCAAAAAUAUUUUGGCAUGGGUCAUGUAUACUAACUCAGGCCUGAAUCCUCUUAUCUAUGCUUUAUUUUACCCUUGGUUUAGAAAGACAGUUAAACACAUCUUCACUCUGAAAAUAUGUCAGCCUGCAUCCUCUCUGGUCAAUAUUUUUACAGAAUAUCAGUUGUAA